CCGCAAUUCAAGAUCACUCCAUCGAUCUUCUUCUAUAUCAUCCUCAACCUCCAAUCCACCACCAGCUAACAGACACACUCAAACCAAUGACCUCGACCUUCCUUCUCCCCCGGCGCCUCGCCGCGCUCACACUAUCAAAGCCCCUAUUCCCAACACCACAAGCAACAACAGCAGCAGCAGCUACCCGCGCCCUCCCAACAUACCUUCACCACAAGCACAACGCCACUCAAAUACAACAGACCCGCCCCCUCUCCCACACCCCGCACCACCUCUCUUCCCCCUUCCGCCUCACCACCAACAAUCCCAACACAUACACUCCCGAAGAUGCCGAAGGCGAAUACUACAGCCCCUACAAACCGAAACGCCAAUGGCCACCGGACAUGUCGAAGCUCUCUCCGAAGCACCAGUUCCGUUUAGAACGGAAGUACCGGCGUCGCGCGGCGCUGAAAUACGCUCGGCCGAAGUGGGUUAAAGCGACCAAGAUUACUCAGUGGGUAGUUAUUGGGUUCGUUCUGGUGUAUGCGUUGCUCUUCAUGGAGUGGGAUGAGCGCGGGAGUCCGUUUGAUGAGAUUCGACGGACGUUUUUUGCUGGUGUCAAGGGUGCUUUCUCGACGCCGCCGCCUCCUCGUCCGGUGAAGAGGUCGGAGGAUGAGUCGGGUGCACAAUAAAUAACUAACAAGCCAAGCCAGGUCCUGGAGGGUUUUACAGCUGGAUAUCAUCAGACUAGACCAUUUCGUUCAAUCUACACUGUAUAGUAUCCUAUCCUGUACAACUAUCAUAUGAUUUGAAUAUAAUGACAGCGAAGCUU